UCCCAGAGGCCCCCGCGCCGCCGGGGUCCUAACAGGCAACACCGCCUUCCUCCGCACGUGUCCGCAGAGCGAUGCCCAAGUCCAAGCGCGACAAGAAAGUUUCCUUAACCAAAACUGCUAAGAAAGGCUUGGAACUGAAACAGAACCUGAUAGAAGAGCUUCGGAAAUGUGUGGACACGUACAAGCACCUUUUCAUCUUCUCCGUGGCCAACAUGAGGAACAGCAAGUUGAAGGACAUCCGGAGUGCCUGGAAGCACAGCCGGAUGUUCUUUGGCAAAAACAAAGUGAUGAUGGUGGCCUUAGGUCGAAGCCCAUCUGAUGAGUACAAAGACAACCUGCAUCAGGUCAGCAAGAAGUUGAGGGGUGAAGUUGGUCUCCUUUUCACCAAUCGUACUAAAGAGGAAGUAAACGAGUGGUUCACGAAGUACGCAGAAAUGGACUAUGCUCGUGCUGGAAACAAAGCAACGUUCACCGUGACCCUGGACCCAGGGCCCCUGGAGCAGUUCCCCCACUCCAUGGAGCCACAACUGAGGCAGCUGGGCCUGCCUACUGCCCUCAAGAGAGGUGUGGUGACCCUGCUGUCCGACUAUGAAGUGUGCAAGGAGGGCGAUGUGCUGACACCAGAGCAGGCCCGCAUCCUGAAGCUUUUCGGAUAUGAGAUGGCUGAAUUCAAGGUGACUAUCAAAUACAUGUGGGAUGCACAGUCCAGAAGGUUCCAACAGAUGGAAGAUGACUUGCCAGAGAGUGCGCCUGAGUCGACAGAAGAAUCAGAGGACGACGACGAUGACUGCUGAUAGGCAAGCAGGACUGAGGGCCUCUGGCUAGGUCCGGGUGUCAUAUUGACUAUCUGGACUGCCACCGCCCCUCUUGGCGGAGCAGCUAUUUAUCUUGCUGUGGAAGACAAAUGAGGGCUAUAGGGACAGACUUUUCCUACAAAGAAUAAAACUAUCUGCAGGGUGUCUCCGUGUAGA